CGAGAAGUACGUGUAUGUAAGGAAUGUCGAAAGAUAUUGCAAAUCAGGAAAAAAAAUUAACCCCCCUUUCGCGUACCUUUGGUGGAAGUUCCUAUAUAACGUGACUGGUUUCUCAUUUCUGACCAGGUUGUAGGUUGAGCAGUGAGAGCACCGAGAGUGUUGAUCGAAGAGGCAAUGGAAUCGAUUUGGAUAGAGGACGAGUACAAACUUCAGGCGCCAAGGGAGGUUCAGGUGAUAAACUCUGAGAAGCCGGAAUUGAAGUCCAAGAUGGUGGAGCUACCGCCGCUCCCACCAACCUCGUACUUCCAGAGCCUGUUGAUGCCCACCGGGGAGAACAAGACGAAGAAGAAAAGGGGACUAUCACGGCUGCUGGAUAAGCUCAACGGUGAACAGGUGUACGUGAAGCCACGGCCCAAGAUUUCCACGCCGUAUGGGUUUAACCAUAUUGGUCACGUUGCGGAGGACACCACCGUCGUGGGCGAUGAGCAUGAGCAUGGUGAAGGCAAACACCACGAUGGUGAACACUACGAUGGCCAGGCUGCGGACGCACCAGCAGACGCCAACAGCAGAGAUAAACCUGUUGCGAUCAACACAACAUCGUCGAUACCGCGUUCCACCUCGCAACAGACGUCGCUGGUGUCUUCAACAUUCACGAGGAAUUCUGUUGUGACCAGGGCAACGUCGAUAUCUACAAAGAAGGAGGUUGAAGACCUGUGGAUCUCGCCCGUAACCGACGCCUCGCCGUGUUACGGAUCACCAGUGGAACGUCACAGGUUCUUGUCGAGUAUCUCGCCAAUUGUGUCGACCGAGAAGGAUACAUUUGACGUUGAUCACCUCUUUGACAACUCCAAGGAGUUCGACACCGUUGAGGAUGCCAUAAAGAAUGGCGUCUUGUUUGAUUUUGAUGUUUUACAGCUUGACGAUGAUAUCAGCAGCAACGAAUGCCUGGCUCAAAUACCUGAAGAUAACAUGAUAUAGACUUUGGCCCGGGCCCCUUCUACAGACUGUGCUAUAUAGAUGAUGAUGAUGACGAUUCCCAUAUACCGCGCUAUGUAGACGACAAUGAUG